UUCUCUCAGCUGAACGUCCCGGCUUCCCCCCUCUCUCUUCUCUGUUUUCAGUUAUGUUAUGUUUAGAUGAAAUGAAAUGUUCACUAGAAAAAAAUCAGAAGAACUUUAGGUUCAUGUUAUUAAAAUUAAAACCACAACUGAUCCAUCUUCUUGAACAGAAAAAUCAAGCAAAAUAAAUGAAAACUGGAAUACGGGAAUUUAAUUUUAAAUCAGUGCGCCUAUGAAUGAACAUGUGAAUAACCAAUACAGUAAGCGGUGAGUGAUAGCUUCUGAAAACAAUGUCUUCUUCUUCUUCAUUUCUUGUUCUUGCAUUUGUUGUUUUUUCAGAACCAGAAGACCAGUCUAAUCCAUAGUGAAGGGUCUAUCAUGGCCAAGCUGAACUCACUAAGAUCUUUAAAAAAGAUAUUGGCCAAGCUGCAGGGUUGUGAUGGAUCGGUUUUGCUAGAUGGAUCUGCUAGUGGACCUAGUGAGAAGAAUGCACCACCAAAUCUCUCACUCAGAGCUCAAGCGUUUAAGAUCAUUAACGAUCUACGAAGUCGCAUCCACAAAGCCUGUGGCCAUGUCGUCUCUUGUGCUGAUAUCACUGCCUUGGCUGCUCGUGAUGCCGUCUUACUGUGCAAUUAUACCGUAUUGGGAUAUUAGUGUUCAUGUGGUGAAUUCUGAAAUGUGUCUAUCUUUCCCCAACAUAUGUAGAGACCUGAUUAAUCUGAAAAUGUUUGAGGAUAUGGUACAUACAAGAUUAUGGCUUGGUACUAGCCAAAAGGUUAAUCUGUAUUGGUGGGAUGAUGACCCAAAUGUGCCAGAAUACUUAGUGAUGGAUGAAGAUUUUGAUAGGUUUUGGAAUGAGGCUGUACCUAAUAAAAUGGGAGAUAUUGAACUUAAAGUGUUUGUAAUUUGUGUUGAAGAGGAGUAUGAUGCAGUUAAGAUGAAGCAGUCAGUAGUUACGCCAAAGAAGAAUUUGGGUGAAUAUUCAAUGGAGUCACCUAGGAGAUCACCUAGACUAGCAGCUAAAAUGGAAAAAUCAGUUCAACAAGUGGGUUAUGAACAAAUGGGUACUGCAAGAAAGCUUUCUUUUGUAGAUUUGCUGAAUAAGGUUGAAAGUGAUGGGUUAUCAUGUUUGAGUCAGGCUAGUAUUGGUGACAACAUGUGGAAUGUUGGGAGUAGCAGUCAGCCUUCACAAGUAAUUGAAGAUGAAGGAAGAGAAACAUUCAAUCAUGAUUAUUGGACAAUGCUUGUGAAAGACCAAACCUUGUUGCCUGAUGAUUACAAUGUGCAGUUAGAAAAUUUAGAUGUUGAUGAAUGUCACCCUGUGGAGGAAAUGGAGCCUCCAGUGUUGUUUGAUAGUGAUGAAGAUGAGAGGGAUUAUAGGGAGUUUGGAACUGUUUAUGAAGGUGAAGAUGAUGACAGUGAUGAAGAGGAGGUUAAUGAAAAACAUGGAGGUAAUGAUGCUCAAUCUAAUGAAGAGGAAGCUAAAGAAAAACAUGGAGGUAAUGAUGCUCAAUCUGAGUGGUUUCAAAACUUUGUAGAAGAACACAAAGUCCACUUUGAAAAGGAAGAAGAAGAACCACAGUUCCCUGAGGAUGAAGAGGUUGAACCAGUUGAUCCAAGUAUGAUGCUGUUUAGUACCAGAUUUGCUAAACAGGAAGACUUUAAAAGGAAUUUGAGGGCUUUAUGUGUCUUGAAUGAAACUCAGUUUUUGGUCAGAUCUAGUUGUUCCAGGAGAGUGAAGGUUAUAUGUAGAUUUCAUGAGGAAUAUAAAUGUCCUUGGUUUGUGUUUUGUUCAAGAAGGAAAAAAGGUGGUUACUGGUCAAUUACAAUUCUGGAAGAAAAACAUACAUGUGUUGGUGAUCCAACAGGGAGAAAUAAGUCUGCAAACAAUUAUUUUGUUUGUGACUGGGUAAAGGAUAGGCUUAAAACCACUGCUGGGAAAGUUAUUCCAAAGCCAGGACAAAUAAAAGAAGACUUUUUUACUCAAACCAACAUUGAUAUACCAUAUCAAACAGCAUGGAAGGCAAGAAAUUUAGUUAUAGAAUCACAGUAUGGGAACUAUGAAGAAAGUCUCAACAAUGUACCCACUUUCUGUAACAUGGUGACCAAAACAAAUGAUGGUUGUGUGGCUAUUUACACAUAUGCACAAGAUGAUGAUCAUUUUGAAAGCAUGACAAUCUGUUUUGCAGCAACACUUCAAGGAUCUAAAGAUGGAUGUAGACCGGUAAUUGGGUUGGAUGCUUGCCAUCUUACUGGAAAGCAUGGUGGUGUGCUAAUGGCUGCAACAACACUAGAUGCACAAAGUGGUUUAGUACCAUUAGGGAUUAUGGUUUGCAGGGCUGAGACCAUAGAGAAUUGGACCAUGUUUCUCCAACAUUUGGCUCCACAUAUCACUGAUCAUAAGUGUCCAAUUACAUUCAUAUCUGAUAGGCAGAAGGGAUUACAUGAAGUUGUGGCUGUAGUGUUUGGAAAAACUCCUCAUAGAUAUUGUUAUAGGCACUUAAUGGUAGGUUGGGAAACCCACAAUAAAAUACUGCAAGUCUAG